AUGUGGUUUGACCUGAACAGGAUACCAAGGACAACUGAACUACAGGACAACAGGCUGCUGUAUCAGGAGAAGCCGCUGAAGAGUGUUCCUGGCAGAUAUAGUGUUAGCGUGAAGGGAUCCUGCUGUGUUGCGUGUUUCUACAACAUCCCGACACCUGUUAGAGUUGCCAGAUCACUGAGUGUUGAAGUGAAGGUGACUGGAGACUGCCAAGGAGACAAUCUCAUGGUGAACUUCACGGUGACAUACGAUGGCCCAAAAUCAAGCACUAACAUGGUUCUAGUGGACAUUAAGCUCCUGUCAGGUUUCUCCGCAGAUACGUCACUGCUUGGAUCUCCUCCCAAUUCAUUUGUCCCACUAGUGGAGCGGGUUGAUGCUGGAGAAGAUCAUGUCCUAGUGCAUCUGAAAGAGGUUCCCAAAGGCGUCCCCAUGACUUAUAGUCUGCUGCUGAAACAGAUUCUUACAGUGAAAAAUCUCAAGCCAGCGGUCAUCAGUGUUUAUGACUACUAUGAGCCAAGUGAUUCGUUUGAGACUAAAUGGGGACCGAUGAACACACUCCGCUCCUUAUCCAGUGGAGAGUGGCUGAUGAAGCCUUCACUGGAAAGCCUAAUGCAGCCUUCGAAGGUUGAGACUUUUGUGAGCAGGGACUUGAGGGCAAAAUUUCUGCCGCUCAAAGUCAAAAGAAAACCCGGGAUAUCCAACAAAGAUAUGGAGGAACUUCCCUUUGUGGUCGGUGAUGGCCUGCAGCUGAACGGAGUGGAACAGCUUCCUAUUACAAUAGCAUGA